AUGCCGGCGGCCAUUGCAGAUCUUGUCCAGCGAGGCAUUGAUCACUCGCCGCUUGUGGAGCACUACUCUGCACAGCCCAGUAUCAGUCCAUGCAUACUCUUCAACUCUGUUUGUGAUCCGCGGAUGGUCGCGGAGACGGGCAUCUUCUUCCACGAGGCGCAGCUGCGUCCGGGCAGCGCCAUGACGCUCUCCUUCCCGACGGAGGUCGGGUCAGCAAUCCUCCCCCACGACGUCGCCGGGAGGGUGCCCUUCGGAAACCUAGCAGACGUCCUCGCCACCUUCAGCAUCCCGGCAGGCUCCGCCGAGGCCGCCCAGGUGAGGGACACCCUGUACAGGUGCCAGGAGCCGCCCGUCGCCGGCGAGGCCAAGGCCUGCGCCGCGUCGCUGGAGGGCACCGUGCGGAGCGCCAUGGGCAUGCUUGGGAGCCCGGCCAGCCAGGGCGGCGUGUGGGCAGCUGGCGGCCUGCCGCGCCAGCCGCAUGCCGUCGAGGCGGUCACCCCGAUCCACGGCGGCCACUACGUGUCCUGCCACCGGGUGCCGCUCCCGUACGCCGUCUACCAGUGCCACAUAAUGAUGGGAUACAGAGCCUACGUGGCGUCGCUUAGCGGCAUAGGCGGUGGCCCCGCGGCUUCCAUGCUGGCGUUCUGCCACGUCGACACCUCCAGCUGGAACCCGGCCCACCCGGCCUUUGAGAUACUCAACACGCGCCCAGGUGGAACCCCAGUGUGCCACUUCAUGCCGUAUGGGGAUCUGGCGUUCCUUAACAAGCCUGACAAAGCCUAG